AUGGUCACAACCUUAAACUAUAAUGGCUUGUAUGCAUAUGAGAAUCAGCUACUACAGUCUACAUAUGACACAUACCACAUUAAUCCAAAACAGUUUUCCUCUUACCAGGCUACCACCAUAAACGUGAACAAGAUCUUCAAGAAGUCAUAUGCCAGGUUUCACCAGGGUUCCCUCACUGCCGCAAACCGUUAUUGCAAGGUUCAAUGUCAGAAUUCUCCCCAAGAGACUCACUUGGUUGAAUCUAGGGAGAGAUCACUGAACCAGGAUUCAUGGAAACCGCCGGAGGGUGUGGUCCGAGGCUCAGUUAAUUACGUUCCUUUAUCACCCAUUAGCUUCUUGGAGCGAGCGGCUGAAGUUUAUAGAAACCGGACAUCCAUGAUUUAUGGGUCCAUCAAGUACACAUGGGAAGAAACACAUCAUAGGUGUCUUAAGCUUGCAUCUGCUCUUAACCGCUUAGGGGUUUCUCGUGGUGACGUUGUAGCGACACUAGCCCCAAAUAUCCCAGCAGCGCAAGAACUUCAUUUCGCAAUUCCCAUGGCUGGAGCUAUCAUUUGUCCUCUCAACACACGUCUGAAUCCAAGUAUGAUCUCGAAACUUCUCGAGCACUCAGAAGCCAAAAUUCUCUUUGUCGACUACCAACUAUUGCAAAUUGCUAAGGACGCUCUCAGUCUUCUCAACAACACACACUCAAAAGCCCCUCGCCUUUUCAUAAUAUCUGAACCCAACUACAAGUCCUCCUUGACCCUUACCCAUAAAUAUGAUUACGAGAGCCUUGUAGAGAGUGGAGUUAUUGAAUUCUCUGUAGUUCGGYCUCAUGAUGAAUGUGAUCCCAUCAGUUUAAACUAUACAUCUGGAACCACAUCAAGUCCAAAAGGGGUGGUUUWUAGCCACCGAGGCGCUUAUCUWAACUCCCUUGCCACAAUGUUCAUACAUGGUGUGCGAGAGAUGCCUACAUACCUUUGGUCAUUGCCUAUGUUUCAUUGUAAUGGAUGGUGCUUCUCGUGGGGCAUGGCUAUAGUUGGUGGUACUAACGNGAAAUUCAACUGGUAA